CCGAAAUGUUCAACAUAAAUCUACUUUUGCUAAUAAUUCCGGCAUUCAUCUUCAAACAUGCACAUUUGCUUCUACUGGAAAACUCAGAGGGAGUAUAUGUUUCAAAGACUGAGUUCAAUGCACUUCAAUCUAAAGUUAGCGCAUUAGAGGCAGACAUUACUAAAGAAAAGACGACCAUAGCUUUCGUUGCAGAAUUAACAACUAAUAUUGUUAACCCAACCAAUAAUGUCCAUAUCAUUUUUGAUCACUCGAUUUUGAACAUUGGGAACAAUUAUACUUCACGACAUGGAGUAUUUGUUGCACCCAUACCAGGGGUUUAUCAUUUUGCAGUAGAAAUAACAGCCCCUCCUCAGUCCACUACCAGCCAUAGCCUUCAUGUUCGUAUAAUGAAAAAAAACGAAGCAGUUGCCGUUACUUUUGUCGAUGGAAAUACCAAUUAUUUUCUAAGACGAACGGCCUCUACCAUUCUUCAGCUGAACACAGGGGAUGAUGUGUGGUGCCAGACGGAAUCUAUCGGGGGUUCAAAUACUAUUAAUGGUGGGAAUACAUAUUCCAUGUUCUCAGGAUUUCUUAUUCGUGCUGUGUGAUUUAGCUUGUUCCUGUUUUUAAACAAAUGUACCUUUGUUUACAGUAAAGAUCUUUAACACCAUGUUUUAUAUAACUGUUAUAAGAAUCAAGUUACAAGUCACAACCAUU